AUGGAUAACGAACAUCAGGAGCAGCACAGCGAACAGUCGCACCUCCCUCCUCACAUCGAGCGCUCCCACUCGAGUUCAUCCUCCUCUUCGGUCGACCACGAGCACGACGAGCAUCAGAUUCACCAGCCGACCCCCAUCCGACCUCGUUUGCCCAGCCGGAAGAGCAGUGGGCCGCUUGUCGUUCCACGGGAUAGCUCCGCCGUCGGCCCCAUCGAUGCCGAGUUUGGACCUGAUGACGUGAGGGCCAUGAGCCCGCGGCGAACUAGCGAGGAUAUCGAAGCACUUGGUAGAGAAGCCCGGGAAGAAUUGAAGAGACACGCAAAGGCUCUCCAGGACUCCCUUCUGACUAUUUUCAACCGCAUCGAGGCCGUCAGAGAAGAACAUGAUAAGCUUGAUAACAACAACAAGUUCCUCCAGAAAUACAUCGGCGACCUUAUGACGACGAGUAAAAUCACCGCCGCCCCAACCAAGGGCAAGAAAUGA